CUUCAGACCCUGGUAACGCCUCUGCGCUCUUGGUGUAGCUCUCAACCUUCAUUUCUGGGAUAAGCAGCUGACCCAAUCAACCCCACUGGCGUCUACACCUUGGAGACUGAGUCCUAAGACCUCUGCUGGCCACCGCCUGGAGCCCAGGCCCCGCUCCACGGCUGCGCGCUUUCGGGUAAAAGCCUGGGACGGCGCUUCUGUGGUCUCCUGCCGCCACCUGAACCGGGGACAGCAGCGCCUAGGGAGCCUCAAGACCUCUUACGAGAGCAUUUCAACUCUGCUGACAAACCUCAACUACUCCAGGGACUUCGCUGGAAAGAAACGUUCUAGAAAGACCAAGUGGAUACUAGAAGUCCCCUGAGGUGCGUGUGGCCUCAGCUUGCAGAGGAGCACGCUUGCCAGACACUUCGGAGCUUUGAAGGGCACAGGCCAUCUAAGAUGAGCACAGGUGCAUCAGAGAAACAAGCAGAGCAGAAGGUCUGCCGUGCCUUCCAGGCCUCCAAGGAAGCCCAUGGGACUCUGGCAGCCAUGGCCCCUUGGGUGGUUGUGGGCUCUGCCGAUGGCUCCUGCACCUGCCUGGGAGCCCAGCCUGUAACUGACCCGGCCCUCUGGCCUGUCAUGGGGACUUCCUCUGUCGUCUACUCCUGGAUGGGAUGUUUUCCACAAGCUUACCCAGCCGUCUGGGCUUACCCUUGGGUGCUGUAUGGUGGGUAUCUCUGGAUGGGGUAUCCCCCUCCAGCUGCCUUGGUGCCUUCAGUGUGGCCAUAUUGGAGGGGCACCUCCAGCUUUGACCCCCUCGUGAGAAGUCUGUACCUGGAUGCCUUGGCCCCCAACCUAUUUUCUAUCCCCAUGGGAUUCCCACCCAGCUACUCCAUGGCCUCUCCCACUCUGGGUGGGGCCAUCUCCAGCCGCUGUCCCCAGGUGGGAUACCAGACUCCAGCCAGCUCAGCCCCCAUGGCUGCAGUUGGGGAGCUAUCCAGAGGAGCUCCCUACUUGAAGAGGUGCCAAGCCCCUCCCUCAGAAUGGGCCUCCAGGUUCAGUAUUUGGGCACCUUUGCCCCACUGCAGCUCAGAGCUCCGCCCUCUGCCCCCUUCCCCCAUUGAAGAUUCUCAGUCAGACCCCGGCUGCCCCAGCUCCUCCUCCCCCCGGUCACCCUGCAGGGCUCGCUGCCGCCUCUUUGAGUGCUGAUCAGCCCUCCAGACCCACCUAACAAUCAGAGACAAGUCUGGGUGGACUUUUAGUUUUUGGAAGAGUCUCAGAAGUGAGUUGUUUGCUAUUCUUCAGUACAGAGCACACCUCCUGGACUCAUGCAAGGCCCCUCUAUUUGGUCUUUCUCUUCACUUUCUUGUUUUUCUGUUUGCCCUUCAACCCUGAUACUGGCACCUUUUCUCCUCCCCAGACUGUCCUGGGCCAGCCCUCUGGUAGAUUUGCUGUAAGUCCUCAAACAUGCGUGCAUGCAACCUUGUAAAAUGAGCAUAUUUAAGCUCAACCCACCGUGCAGAGGUGCUCAGUUAGAAUAAGCCUCCAGGUUCAGUAUUUGGGCAUCGGUGCCACCCGCCAGCCCAGGACUCUCUCUGGCCCCUCCUCAGCAAAGACCCUCAGCAGGACCCCCGCAUCCCUGGCCACACUGCGGGGCCUGCCGCUGUCUCUUCCAGCAUUGGUCUGUCCUCCAGGGAACCACACACUUAGGUACUUUAGAACCCAUGGAAUCCAGUGAGCACUAGCUGUAGGCUCUGCCUAGAGGCUUCCAAAACCUGUUUGUUCCAGUAUACAUGGAGUAGGAAAUGCUGACUUGUUCAGAGUGCUGGUGCCCUUGGGUCCUUGUGGGUGUGCUCUUUUCACUCCUCACCCCCUCAGCACCCUCUGGAGUAAUGCACACACCAGUAAGAUGUACGGUACAUGCUUUUAAAAAUUUUAAAUAAAUGAUACUGUGCUAUAAA